CCCAUUCCUUGUGACUAAUCAUGAGCUCCAGUUCAGACAUGGAUCCGCUUGCCUUCGUUCUGCAGCCUCCUGCAUGCUAUCCGAUUGUUCCCUAUGUGUGCACAAUAUUUGGAGGUCUCCGUCCUGGGAAAAUUAUUCUAAUACAAGGAAGCAUCUCCAGCACAGCAAGUAGGUUUCAAAUUGAUUUCCAGUCUGGCUGCAGCACUUUUCCAAGGGCAGAUGUGGCUUUUCAUUUUAAUCCACGAUUCUCUUCCUCGGAAACUCAUAUCAUAUGCAAUACCCUGCAAAGGGACCAGUGGUUAGACGAGGUCCGAUUUUCAAAGGCUCCUUUGCACAAAGGAGAGUCUUUUCUGCUCUUGUUCCUGUUUCUAGCUGAUAAAGUUAAGGUCAGCAUUAACGGACAGCACUUCAUAGAUUUUGCCAACCGUGUCCCUCUUUGUGGUGUGGAUACACUGGGGAUAUAUGGUGAUGUUACAGUGAAGAAUAUAUCAUUUCUCUGCAGCAAUCCUUAUCACGAUGAGCUGACUGAAUAUCCAGAAUGCAAGCCUCUGAAACUUGGCAAAGCGACUAUGACAACUCCUUUCUCUAUGAAUAUACCUGGAGGGCUUUCUGAAGGUCACUUGAUUCAAGUUCGUGGUUUGGCUACGGAUGAGCCACAUAUGAUUAAUAUCCUGUUGAAGUGCAGAGAUCUUGUUCCAUUCAAAUUGACAGCUAAUUUCCAAGACCAGACAUUGUGUUACAACCAUUUAACUGGACCUUCAUGGGGAGAGCCACAAACGAUCAAGACUCCGUUUUUCUUAUUUCAUGCAGAGAGAUUUUUUCAGAUUUUAAUCUUAUCUGAAAAGGGAGUAUUUAAAGUUGCCAUUAACGGAACUCACCUGGGUGAGUUUGGUCCCCCUGACCUGGAUCUGAAGUCCAUUAAUGAGGUGGAGAUUAACGGCAGUACCAUGCUGUAUACCGUUCAUUGCUGACAUCGUUUCUCAAAACUUUUCAGUGUUCACCUAUCUCACCUUUGGCAUGUCUUUUGAAAAAAAUAUUAUUGGAUAUGACACCUGGGUCAUACAAUUCUUGCUGCUUCCUGCAUCGCAGAUCAGCCAUGGUUAACGGUCCGCAAGUCCAAGCUUGAGUACGCAGAGGUAUUAAUCACAAUUAGGUAAUAAAAGAAACAGACAAAUGUAGAAGGAAGUAGAGACUUGAUAUCAGGGGCCCCAAAUGUAGUUUAUUUGUCAAGCACUUUAUUGCACUUGAAACUGGUUUGACAUAUUUUCCUAAAUACCCUUUGAAAAUGUGGGUAAUUCUAAUGAACAUCUCAGCAACAACAACAAAAAUUUAUUAGGUUGCCUUUAUCUCAAUCCAAAGAAUGUUUUCAAAUGUACCUUAAAUAAAAAUUAUGUUGAUAGGGUCCUUUUAUUGUACUCCCUAAUAAUCAAUUUCACUCUUUUUAUAUUUUUAUAAUUCCCCCAAGAUCUUGACUUCCAGAUGUGCUUUCUUUGUGUAAUAAAAUGUGAUUUGGGUGGUUAUAGUU